UGCCGAUGAACUGUCACAAUUUGUUUUCAUCUGCUAUUCAUUAAGGGCGAAAAUCUUUAAUCUCUACGAUCGUUCGUCAACAUAAAUUGUUGUACAAAAUUCAAAGACGAACCGGAAUCCGCUUUUCACGACGCGAUUACAGUGAUUACGCACCACUCCAAACAUUAGGCGAUUAAAUUAUUCGUAAGCCCCGACGAAUCAACAAAAACGAUAUCAAAUGGAAGCCGCCGAAGGUCAAAGUUUGGUCAUCAAAAUGGCCCAAAAGAACAAGGAGACCCAAACUGUGAAGCUGAUGUCCGGUGGCGGACUGGGUAUCAACUGGUUUAGCCCGCCAGCCUAUGGGGCCGGUGGUGCUUCAUUCGGUGGUCAUCCGAUGAUCAAUCAGCCGGCCGUUCCGCAACAUGCCGUGUCGGGCCAGUUUUACAUGGAUCGCGAGGAGCAGCUGUACCGCCGUGCCUGUCAGAUGAAGGGCAUCCGGGUGGAGCGGGUACAUGAUAUCCGUGAGGAAGAGGACGACUCGAACGGCUCCGAGGAGGAGCCAUCGAAGGGCAUCCGAUACCGCUACACCCUGGACGAGAUGAAAAGCUACAAUCCGUAUCGUUUUAUCAACUUUUAAAUGUAAUCAAAUAGCCCGAACCACCAUCAUAGCCGCAACACUUCCCACAUCACCAACCGUGUCACAUCAUCUGUAUUUGAUUUCCCAUGUAGAAUCACUUACAUCCAGCACUAGGAUUAGCAUCAGCACCAGUAGUAACAUCAUAAACUGCUCAACAUUCUACAAAAUAAGUGAGAUCCCAAAGGGGAACCGCAACAGGAACAGGAUCAAGAACACCCAACACCAUCCAUUUGCUUGUUGUUACUACCAAUUCGCCAAACCGAUAAAAACAAUAAAGAAUUGUUCAUAAAUGACAAGCUAUAAUGUCAAACAAAA